GGCACGCUGGACUUCAGCCUGCUGUAUGACCAGGAGAACAACGCCCUCCACUGCACCAUCACCAAGGCCAAGGGCCUGAAGCCAAUGGACCACAAUGGGCUGGCAGACCCCUACGUCAAGCUGCACCUGCUGCCAGGAGCCAGUAAGGCAAAUAAGCUCAGAACAAAAACUCUCCGUAACACUCUGAACCCCACAUGGAACGAGACCCUCACUUACUACGGGAUCACAGAUGAAGACAUGAUCCGCAAGACCCCGCGGAUCUCUGUGUGUGACGAGGACAAAUUCCGGCACAAUGAGUUCAUCAGGGAGACACGUGUGCCCCUGAAGAAGCUGAAACCCAACCACACCAAGACCUUCAGCAUCUGCCUGGAGAAGCCGCUGCCGGUGGACAAGACCGAAGACAAGUCCCUGGAGGAGCGGGGCCGCAUCCUCAUCUCCCUCAAGUACAGCUCGCAGAAGCAGGGCCUGCUGGUAGGCGUCGUGCAGUGCACCCACGUGGCCGCCAUGGACGCCAAUGGCUACUCGGACCCCUACGUGAAAACGUACCUGAGGCCAGAUGUGAACAAGAAAUCCAAACAUAAGACAGCGGUGAAGAAAAAAACCCUGAACCCGGCGUUUAAUGAGGAGUUCUGUUACGAGAUCAAGCAUGGGGACCUGGCCAAGAAGUCCCUGGAGGUCACCGUUUGGGAUUACGACAUUGGAAAAUCCAAUGAUUUCAUUGGUGGUGUGGUUCUGGGCAUCCACGCCAAGGGGGAGCGCCUGAAGCACUGGUUUGACUGCCUGAAGAACAAGGACAAGCGCAUCGAGCCCUGGCACACGCUCACCAGCGAGCUCCCAGGGGCCGUGCUCAGCAACUGAUGCCCACCCGCCACUGCUACCCCUGCCGCCACCUGCGCCCAGCACGGCCGGCCCCAGGCUUCCCCAGCAGCCACCAAGGCCUGUGGCCCCCACACUGGGGGAGAUCCAGAACCCCUGCUUGGACACAGAGCCACUGCAGUCCCCGCUCGGAGGAUGUGGAGGGCUCAGCCACUCUGGGACGGGGAGGGCAAGGAGCUGGGG